AGGAUGAAAGAGAAGGCGAAAACCCGCCAGCCAAUGACGUAUCAGAUACAAUGUUCAAUUUUUCGAACGUGUUGUUGGGAUCUCGUUACAAUCGUGAAACACGAAAUACUCACAAUAUUCACUCUACGACCGCUAGCAACAACGAGACGUAGGUGACGAUGGCAAAGAACGAUGUUCAAGGGGUUGCAGGUUCUACUGCUAAACCACUUUCCGCUUGGGAGAAACGGAAACAAUAUUCGAAGCAACUCAACACCAAUGCCCAACGAAGCAAGCAGAAUGCUACGAUCCAAACAGUUUGCCAGAACAGAAAAGAUGAUAAAGGAAACGUUUUGGCAAAUAAACGAAGGAUAACGACUGCAUUUUGUAGGAAGGAUGACGAAGGCAGUGUCAUGAGACCAGCAGGUGGACCCACAAAACGGCGCAGACUUGGUGUUACAGCAGCUCCAGUACCAAGUGCAAGCAAGACCACUGUACCGCUACAUAAACCAGGCCCUUCCAAACAGCACCGUGGAGCGUUGAAACCCAGUGGCAGGCCUACAACUUCUACAAAAUCGCAAAGGACAGUCCCAGCUGUAAAGAACACAAAGCCAGCACCAUCAAUGCCCAAGGCAGUUGUGCAGACAAAGAAAGUGAUCGACAGGAGGCCACUUUCUGAAGUUGCAAAGCAGAAGAACACUACCAAGCCAACGGUCAAAAGCAACGACACAAAAGUUGCUGGGAAGAAAACAGUCCCGAUGGCAACGUCGUCUUCUGCUAAGGUCCCCUCGAAUGGCAAUCAGGGGCCAUCCGGUAAACGCAGUCGUCCUUCGAGGCCAGCGGUCCCAGUCCGGAGACUGAAUUCCCAAGGUGCAGCUUCCAAGCCGUGUAAUGAUUGGACACAACUGUCCAAGCCACAAACCGUACCAAGGAAGCCUGCAAAAGAUUUGAAGGUCAGCAUGUCCAAGCCGCUUCAUCCAAGAAAAUCAAUUCUAGCAUCGGGGCGAAGGGAAGCCGACAAAGCAAAAAGGGUGUCUAUGAAAAUGACCCCAGAAACAAUGCCGCCUAUGCCCAUACUGGAUAACUCGACUCCAAAGGGAGUACCUUUCCCAAACUCUGCCGAAGAGUUCAACGACAGAAAGCUUUCCAAAUGUGCUGGCAGCACACCAUACAGGCAGUCGAUCAUGAAGAAAAAGUCUACACCCGCAGGCACCUCCGUGAGAAAGUUGAGGAGUCGCGUCUCGUUCAGGUCCCCGGCCGAAAUCACACCAGCUAAAGAGACUUCAUUUCACGCUCACUCUCCUGCUCCUACUCCGUACCGUUCUGCCGAAGAAAGCAUUGCGACAACAAAUUCAUCCACGGAUGACGUGUACGAGACUCCUUACGUCGACCACGUUGUGAGAAAGUCCACCGGAGAAACGCCUUACAGGCUCUCCGACGUCAAGACGGACUUGAAUCGAGAAAUGACUGAAUCCGCGGGGUCGACGCCUUUCAAAGUAAUGUCUGCCGAACCUGCUGAGAUUCCCGAUGAAACUGUCGAAGACGAGUUGAACGGUACGUUCACGAUGGAAACUGACGAGAAUGAAGAGGCGGGAGAUGCGAGGGCGGAUACAUCUACGCGUCAACCGCUGUCGUGUCUAAAGACAGACACGAACGUUGAGGAAAUAAGUAAGAAUGUGGCACGCACUCGUAAGUCUGUCUCCUUUGUCGUUUCCAAAAAGAAGAGGACAGCAACGCCACUUCGAAAGACUCCUCAUAAGAGCGAUGCAAGCAGAUCGUCCCACUUGGUCUCGUGGCUAGAAAAACGGGGACGCAGCAUAUCAAGCUAUCGGCAUCUGCACUGCCUCGGGGCAGAGCCGAACAGUUCACUUCAUAAGCACUCCUCAACCAAAAGGGCGAGAAAAUCUACUCCGAAGGCUCGCCACAGUGCCAAGAAAUCGGACUUAGGCGCAUCACCCUCUCUUCAACCACAGGCAUCCGAGGAAGUGAAUGGAACCACGGACAUCGCGAGUGUUCUAAAGGAACUGUACAGUCUGCUUAAAAAUGGUUACUCGUCGGACCAUGUCCACGCGUGGCUCGAUGCUUUGGACAAGGAAGUUGUGCAGUCCUAUCCAGCAUACUGGAUGUGUCGUUCUCUUGCGUGUGAAAACUCGCAGGAUUUCACUGCGGCACUCAACUGGCUCAUGGAAGGGUUGGAGCACUUGAAAGUGGCUGACCAGGAGCUGCUGCAGGAGCUAGAGCUGCUGGUGAAUCGUGCUUCAGCAAAAGAAAAUACGAGUCCCACCUCUUCUAAAAAGACUGCACGCAGGAAGCUGAGAGCCAAUGACGUCUCUCCAGCCAACAUCUUUGAAUCUACGCGGCUCGACUACGCAGUGUUUGAGGACAGCCAUAUCAACAGGAUCUGUGCUGCAGCUGCAGGGAACAAGACUACGGCUCGUGCAGUCAUGACACCAGUGCGUCGCUCAACGAGAACUCGUAAAAAUGUCUCGAAGGUGAAGACGCCGCAAGCAGAUCUUCUCUUCAAAAAGAAUCCUGCUCUUAGCUGCUAACUCCGCUACGCAUCUUUUGAGAAUUUUAUGCGUGCCUUUUUUUGUGUGUAAAGAUUCGUUGCACUCGGUGACUUGCUGUAGUAUUUUAUCGGACGUAUUUAAUCGUACCACUGCUGUCAAUCAAUCCUUUGAACAACAGUAGCAUUAGCGAGCAUUUUAGCCUUUUAGCUAUGAAUAUGCUAUUAUAAGAAGAGCUUCCCCAGACGGAAGAGGUUCAUUCUGUGUAUAAUAAACUGCUUUAUAUUCCCUUCA